AUGCAAUUUUCGAUCGAAUCCGUUUCCCCUAUAAAGAAAUCACCUAUUGUACCACCACUCUCUGAUUCGAAUAUUGAUUUUGCGGUUUCUGCUGGGGAAAACAAGAAAUUCGAAGAGGGGGAAUCUCCAAAGAAUACCUAUGAGCCGAUGUCUGGAAUGGAUUCUUGCUUGUAUUUGCAAUAUGAAACAUGCUACAACCUCGCUUUUGAAAUAGUGAAAAGAUACAAUGUCUGCCAAAUACUGGAUCGCGGUGUUUAUCCUAUGAAUUGGACCAGUUAUCGGUUGCGAUCCGAAACCAUAUACUUUGACACAGACUCUACAAGGUUUGAACUAAAGAGAUACUCCACAAAUCAUCAGCGCUAUUCUAAGAAUGCUUGCUUUUGCCUGUCCGCUGUUAAAAACGAGUUCAUUGUGAAUCAAACAUUGAUGAAACAGGGAAAGAUUCCACUGCCUGACAACCAAACAAUCGUCUGCGAAGAUCAUUUAUCAUGGAAAGAUAUUAUUUGGGGCACUGUAUAUAUUACUGUGCGGAAACGAAGACUGCAACCUUGUUAUCUCACUUUCUAUCGAAACUCAUGA